AUGGAUCCAACAGAGAUACGUAGAGUUUUUCAUAUGUUCGAUCGAAAUGGAGAUGGUAAAAUUACGCGAAAGGAGCUAAGCGAUUCGUUGCAGAAUUUGGGAAUUUACAUUCCUGAAAUGGAAUUGGUGCAAAUGAUCGAUAAGAUAGAUAUAAACAGAGACGGAUAUGUAGACAUGGAGGAAUUUGGGACAUUAUAUCAGUCGAUAAUGGAUGAGAAAGAUGAAGAAGAAGCUAUGAGAGAAGCUUUCAACGUGUUCGAUCAAAAUGGUGAUGGAUUCAUCAUGGUGGAGGAAUUGAGAUCCGUUUUGUCAUCGUUGAAUUUGAAACAAGGAAAAACCCUAGAAGAUUGUAAAAGAAUGAUCAUAAAAGUUGACGUGGAUGGUGAUGGAAUGGUUGAUUACAAAGAAUUUAGACAAAUGAUGAAACGUGGUGGAUUUGCUUCUUUGAGCUAG